ACCGCCUCCCGUGGGCAGGCCGCCGGGGCCUGUGCGCUGCUCUCUCCACCUGGAAAGGCCUUUGCGGCACCAAUGGAACAAGCGCUGCAGGCCGGCGUGUGGCGGGCGGUGGGGUUGGCACCCAACUGCGGACGGUGGUGGUGGGGGAUUAGGUAUCUCUCCACGGGGUGGCAGCGGCCCUGGCCCUUCGCACCGCCAGCUGCAGGUGGGGAUGGUAGAGGUCGGCUUCCUCCGCCACCCCUCCCUGAUGUGGCUGACUCUCGCAUGGCCCGUGAGGAGCCGGCCCCGCGGAGCCGGCCCCCAGCGCGGCACAUGUCAUACGAGAGGGGGGCCAGGCAGGCAGCAGCGGCCAGCAGGGAGUUGAUCUCGCAGGAAGGUGGCGUCUCAAAGGCAAGAAAGAGGCUGGAGCAAAAGCCUGUCUUCAUCGAGAGGACUAGAGGCUCAGAGAUCUUAUUUGGAGUCGCACCGUGUUCCCUGGCACUCUCCCAGUCAAGAAGGGACCUAUUCAGGUUGUUCCUCAAGCAAGGCAGUGGCUCUCGGCGGCUUCUCAUGAGCGAGUUUGUUCUUCAGGCCAUGGCCCGGGGAGUGCCUGUACACCAUGUCACAGGGAGAGAGCUGAACGCGCUUUGCAGUGGUCAGGUCCACCAGGGAGUUUGUUUGGAAGCCACUCCUCUCCGUUUCAAGAGUUUGGAGGAAGCUGAACAGCCUGAUUUAGGGGAUGAAGAGAGCCCAAACCGACAGCUGAUUUGGCUGGUGUUAGAGCGCCUCCAGGACCCCAUGAACCUGGGGGCAGUCCUGCGCUCUGCAUACUUCCUGGGUGUGGACAGAGUGGUGACAAGCCAGAGGAACAGCUGCCCCUUGACUCCAACAGUGAGCAAAGCUAGCUCUGGAGCUGUGGAAGUCUUUGAUGUUUACAGCACAGAUGAUCUCCAGAGCUUUUUGAAGGCCAAAAGCGCAGAGGGCUGGGAAGUCGUGGGGACCGUCAAGAGUCCGGCGGAGGUGGAAAACGUUCCUGUCAUCAGCUGCUCAGAAUUUCGGUGGAACAAACCCAUUCUUGUGGUCAUAGGAAAUGAAGGGGAUGGACUUUCCCUGGAGACACAGCUCCUGUGCCACCGGAUGCUGGCCAUACCUCCUGGCAGAGUGCUGCACCCUGGCAUCGAGUCGCUGAACGUCUCUGUGGCUACAGGUAUUCUCCUGCACUCCAUCUGCAACCAGAAGCUUAGGCGUGGUGAUUAAAAUGGCUUUUAUUUGUCUGGGGAGGCUGCUGGGCAUUUUGUGGCUGCCUCUGUUGGUCUGUGGGCAUGGAAAUGCUCUUGCCAUGAUCUUCACCAUCACUGCAAGUUCCAGGGAGAGCUCCACUGACCUGAGCUGUGUCUUGAUUCCAUGAUCAUCUGGGUGGUAUCAUCUGGACCGUGAUGCUACCAGAGCCCUGCUGCCUUAAUGCUGAAGGCAGACACCUGCACAUAGUGGGCAACACCUCAGAGGAGCAGCUGCAAGGAGGGGAGGCAAGGCUGGGUUUUAAAAGCAGACAGCCAAAUCCUGCAGCUCUUGCACAAACACCUGGUGAUAGCUCAGUUUUGUGCUUGUUGUGUGGUGGGCUGCUCAUGCUGCAGAGAGGAUUUGGGCUGUGAGAGACUUCUCAGCUGGUGCUGCUGCUGCUGAGAGCAGCUGUGCCCCAAGCCCACCACCCCCUUAGCAGCCAAGGGGGUGCCAGUGAGAGCCAGGUAGGAUCUGGGACAACUCAGUGGCAGUGCCUUCAUGCUGAGGUGGUUUCUCUGUUCUGUCUUGCUGCUGGACUGGUUGAAAAAACCCCGUGCUGGGUUGUAUUUGGUUGUAACCUGGGUCUCUGCAGCCCUGCUGAGGGGUGAGUUGGAGAUGAUGGAAAUUAACUGUGGUGAGGAAGAACAGCUCCCAGUGAAAUAAAACCUCUGCAAAGAUUGGUUGUAGGUUCCAGUCACUCCUUUUUGUGUCACACAUGGAUCCAGCACGGGCGCAGUGGAACAGAGCACUUCCUGCGGCCGGGGAGUGAGGAGCCUCUUUCCAGGCUGAUCCUACUGGAUGCUGAGCUGCCUCGGCACCACCGUCCCCUCCCUGGCACGGAGGGGUUGGGUGAGGGAGGUUUCAUUUGCAAAUAUCCUGCUUGAAAACCAGGCUGGCUAAAUUACUGAGAACUAAAUGAAUGGUACCACUUAGGACCUUAAUUAUUUUAUUCAGCUGCUGUGGCCCUGUGCAUAGGAUUCCUCAUUAACACUUAAUGUACAGUGCCCUUUGGGGAGAAUUUCAAACAAUUCAGCUUAGCUCCCCCUUCCCUCUUUCCAAAUGAACAAGUAAAUCACUCAGAGUGACUAAUUAGGACUUCCCUUUGAGGUAAAUGGAGUCUAAACUGGUCUGAAUGUGGGGAUUUUUCAGGUGCAUCCCUGUGAGGGUGCUGUGGGUGGCUGUGGGGCUGGGGACACCUCAGGAGCCCGGGAUGGGGACAGGACAGGGAGCUCUGCUGGGGAGGGUGUCUGGUGUGUCCCUUCACCCUCUCCAGUGGAAAAGGACAAAUUCCUCUGAAGCUCUGUUGCCUGAUUCUCAAGGUUAGUUGGUCACUGAUCAGCAGUGAACUGGAGCAUUG